AUGAGGAUUCUCAGCCGUAUAUCCAUUCCUAUCAUCUUGUUGCUGCUUUCCUAUGGGGAGUCUACUACUGGCAGUGUACCACCUGCUUCCAGCCAGCAUCAGAAGGGACAGGACUCUUGUUUAGCUGGAAACCCAGUGAGAUCCACACACAUCCUGUAUCUGGGAAAUGGGGACCCAAAGAAUGUCUUGCACCUGGAAUUCCCUCUGUCAUCCUUAACCAGCAAUCUCUCCUCAUUUUAUAUCCGGACAUAUGACUCGGAAGGCAUCAUAUUCCAUGGAAGUGUUGGUGGGAAUAACUGGUUUGUACUUGGAAUUCGUGAUCAGCGGUUGGAGAUACAAAUGAGUAAUGGCAAUGGUCAAAUGGUUCUCUCUAAGUGGGGACCACCUGUCAGCAAUGGCAAAUGGCAAAAGGUGACUGUGGACAGCAGUAUUAACACCAUAGAUGUAAGAUUGAAUGGAGAGAUUGUUGUCAUGUUAACUCAUCAUGUAAAGAAUGAGCCUGUGACCCUGGAAUAUGCUAAUCUGGACAUCAUCCUGGGUGACCUCCCAGCAAACAGCAAAAUCCAACUUCUCAGACCGUUGAAUCCUGCUCUAGAUGCAUGUAUGAAGGACUGGGCCUGGGUAAAAAAGAGCACACAAGUUCUGGAUGAUGCCAUGGAGACAGAUGAGAACCGGCAAUGCUUUGAAAAUGAAGAGCCAGGCACUUUCUUCCCUGUGCAAGGAUAUGCCAUCUUCAAGCCUAACUCAUUCCUGUUACAUACACGUGAACCCUGGCAUCUAUCGAUUCAACUGUCAUUCCGAGUCCUGGAGGAUGGUGGGCUUCUCCUGGCACUAAAUGGCGCUGGCAGUACCUCGGCAUUGACCAUAACUUUGGAUAGUCAGAAACAGGUUCUAGAAGCUUCUCUACUGGACAAACUAGAACAUUCUGUGACAUUCCCGCCGGGUAUUUGCCUCAAACACUGGCACACUGUGGAUGUUCUAAUACAGGCAAAUCAGCUUGUGUUGAAGACAGAGGAGGCGACAUCCUCCAUGGACAUGCCACCUGCUGAUUUCAAAGCUUUGGAAGAUAUAUGGGUGGAUCCUAAUGCAUACAUUUCUGUUGGUGGCAUGGCAGAACAUUCAGAACAAGGAAACCUUUUUUCGGGAUGUCUGAAGAUCACUCUGCAAGGAAAAGCUGCAGACCUGGAUACUGCCCAUUACAAGCACCCUCAUGUCCGCAGUCACAGUUGUCCUGUGAUAGUCACAGUUGUGCUCUGGAUAAUCCACAGUUGUGUUCUUGAUAUCCAUAUCAGCAGUAUAGAGAAAGCAAAGGAAGUGAGAACACCUGAAGGUGACCGGGAACACCUGGCACUGCAAGGAACUAUUACUGAUGCCAUGCCAACAAAGACAAAGAAGAAAAGAACAGGAGCGGAAUUGAAGGCUACAGACACUUCAGUGCUAAAGAAAUUUCUGAAGAGAUACGAGAAUCAUUGUGCUCAGUGCCAGUCGUCUGCCAGCCCCGCAAUAACCCAAGCACUGAAAAAAUGUAUCCAAAAUGGCACCAACUAUCUCAGAGUUUUCCAGUUGCUGUGCAGGCAUAGCAAGACCUAG